ACUAUUAAAUGUGAUGCUUGAUUGCUUUAUAGGCUGUUGAUUUGCUGUUAAUGUAUAAUUGUUUCCACGACACAUUUAUGCGUUGGGCACUCCUAGAAAUCACAUGAAAACAUCAAAUUCACGCGACAGAGCUCAGAGAGGACCCGAAAGGUUUACACUUCGACAUGGAUUCAAAGAAACAUCGCAGAACCAGAUCUAAUUCACGUUCCCGGUACCGGUCCAAUACCUCUCGGAGUAGAAGUCGUUCCCCCGAAGGAAAGAGGGGCAGAAGUUGUUCGAGGGAAAAUAAAUAUUGCAAAAGGGCCUCAAAAAGAUCGCGAUCCGAGAGCAGUGGCUCGCGGAGUAGUUCGGUUUCUGGGACGGAGCAUCGGUCCAGAGACAGAAAACCUACUUCUGCUGAGCGGCACCAGUACCAUUCGAAAAGUGACUCUGGUGGUUCCGAGAGAAGGGUCCGGAAACAAGGGGGGCAACGGUUGAAAGAGCGAGGGCCCUCUAAAUAUCGAUCCAGUUCUGAAUCGGAAGAUGAACAGGGGGAAAAAAAGAAGAACAAGAAAAAGAAGAGGCAAAGAGAUGAGAAACGGGGCGGGAAGGGGAGGGGGGAGAGCCGGAGCCCUUCCCGCUCGCCCUCGGAGUCCAGCCCGGAGAGAGGGAAGGGGAGGGCGCGGGACGGAGAGAGCAGCGACGGAGGGAGGAAGAAGAAGAGCAGCGUGCACCGGGGGAGCAGGAGCCGGAGCCCCAGCGGGAGCCCCAGCAGGGAGAGAAUGAGGAGAGAGGAGGGCUCGCAGGACAGGGGGCGGAGGAGGAGCGCCGAGAGGGCCAGGGGGCGGAGGAGCCGCGACCGCGAGGACAGGAGGCGGAGGAGGAGUCGAGACGGGGAGGGGAGAGGACGCGGGAGCAGAGAGCGGGAGCGGGGCGGGGAGCGGAGCAGGAGCCGGACCAGAGACCGCGAGGGGGACCGGGACCGGGACCGGGGCGGGGAGACGAGCAGGAGGCGCUCCAGCUCGCGCUCCUCGGUCACGUCGCAGUCCUCCGAUUCGAGCGACGGGGGCGCCCGGGGGCGGGACGGCGGGCUCUCGGUCCGAGACGAGCAGAGGAAGAGGAAGGAGAUGCUGAAGGCCCUGGAGACGCCUGAGGAGAAGAGGGCCAGGCGGCUGGCCAAGAAGGAGGCCAAGGAGAGGAAGAAGAGGGAGAAGAUGGGCUGGAGCGAAGAGUACAUGGGCUACACCAACGCCGACAACCCCUUCGGGGACAACAACCUGCUGGGCACCUUCAAGUGGCAGAAGGCCCUGGAGAAGAAGGGGAUCGGGCACCUGGGAGAGAAGGACCUGAAGGAGAGGAACAAGCGCAUCCAGGAGGAGAACCGCAGGGAGCUGCAGAAGGUGAAGCAGCUGCGGCUGGAGAGGGAGAGGGAGAAGGCCAUGAGGGAGCAGGAGCUGGAGAUGCUGCAGAGGGAGAAGGAGGCGGAGCAUUUCAAAACAUGGGCGGAGCAAGAGGACAACUUUCACCUGCACCAGGCCAAACUGCGGUCUAAGAUCCGCAUCCGGGACGGGCGCGCCAAGCCCAUCGACCUGCUGGCCAAGUACAUCAGCGCCGAGGACGACGACCUGGCCGUGGAGAUGCACGAGCCCUACACCUUCCUCAACGGCCUGACCGUCACCGACAUGGACGACCUGCUGGAGGACAUCAAGGUGUGUGCGUCUGUGCGUGUGUGUGUGUGUCCCAUUUACCAGUCCAUAUCACACAGGUCACGUGAUUGUGAUUUACCAUUUACCAUGAAUGGCGCGGCGUCUCUUCCAGGGGACCGGCGCGAGGGCAUCAACACCUCGGUGAGCACCGACGUGCAGACCGUAUUCAAGGGCAAGACGUACAGCCAGCUGCAGGCCAUGCACCUGAGCAUCGAGACCAAGAUCCGCGCCGGGGGCUCCAACCUGGACAUCGGCUACUGGGAGAGCCUGCUGCAGCAGGUGCGGGUCUACAUGGCCCGAGCGCGGUUGAGGGAGAGACACCAGGACGUCCUGCGGCAGAAGCUGUACAAGCUGAAGCAGGAGCAGGGGGUGGAGAGCGAGCCCCUCUUCCCCAUCAUCAAGGAGGAGCCGGAAGCCGAGGAGCCUGUUACCGCUGCAGAGGAAGCGGACGCUGAGGAAGCAGGACCCUCCUCCUCCUCACCUGGUGGGGCCGCCCAGGGGCAGAAGGAGGAAGGCGAGGGAGGGAAGGGCGAGGAAGGAGAGAAGGGCGAGGAUGAGGAGGAGGGCGGCGAGGCCGAAGGGGCGGAGGCGGUGCUGACGGAGGAGGACCUGAUCCAGCAGAGCCAGGCGGAGUACGACUCGGGCCGGUACAGCCCGCGCCUGCUCCUGCCCUCCGACCUGCCCCUGGACACCCACACCAUCGACCCCGAGGAGGACCGCACCCGGGUGCACCUGGCCCGCCGGCAGAUGCAGGUCACGGGCGACGCCAGCGAGAGCGCGGAGGACGCCUUCGUGCGGCGCGCGCGGGAGGGCAUGGGCGGCGACGAGGCGCAGUUCAGCGUGGAGCUGCCGCUCACCGGCAAGAUGUACCUGUGGGCCGACAAGUACCGGCCGCGCAAGCCGCGCUUCUUCAACCGCGUGCACACGGGCUUCGAGUGGAACAAGUACAACCAGACGCACUACGACUUCGACAACCCGCCGCCCAAGAUCGUGCAGGGCUACAAGUUCAACAUCUUCUACCCGGACCUGAUCGACAAGCGCUCCACGCCGCAGUACUUCCUGGAGCCCAGCCCGGACAACCGCGACUUCGGCGUCCUGCGCUUCCACGCGGGGCCCCCCUACGAGGACAUCGCCUUCAAGAUCGUCAACCGCGAGUGGGAGUACUCGCACCGCCACGGCUUCCGCUGCCAGUUCGCCAACGGCAUCUUCCAGCUGUGGUUCCACUUCAAGCGGUACCGCUACCGGCGGUGAGCGGGCCGAAGGCUGAGGGGGAAAUGGAGGCGGAGCCUCGGGGGGAUUCCAGGCCCCUCCCCCACCACAACCUUUGCUGAAGGGGGAAAUGGUGGACUCCAGGCUCCUCCCAUUCCAGCUUUUGACAGUUGGGGCUACUGGGGGAUCCCAAGCCUCUCCCUCCCUGUAUAGUAUUUGUUGGGGGGGGGGGGCUGGCUGGCAGAAUUAGGCCCCUCCCACCACAACCUUUACUGAAGGGGAAUGGUGGUUUCCAGGCCCAUCGCAUUACAGCUUUGACUAGUGGGGGGCUGUUGGCCUCUUAAGCCCCUCCCACUACUAGUUUUAUGGGUCUGGUGCUCAAAUGUGAUCACGCCAUCUUGGCUCUUAUCGGGUACCGUAUGACCCCAGUUGUAAGGACCAACGCCAUUUUGAACAUGCUUAGAGAAGUAAAUUACUGCAAAGCUAUGUUUUCUUUUGUUCUAAAAACUCAGUUUUGUUUCUGUAAACUGUGUUUUUCUCCUGUUUGUGUUACUUUCUCUGACUUCUCUCUCUUUUUUAAUGGUGCAUUUAUAGAUGUUAAAUAAACGGCUUUCCCUG